UUUGCUUUUGCUUUUAGUUUGGUGGCCACGAAGGAAACAGACAGUGCAAGAUCUCGUAGCACAUCAAUGUCUCCAUCGGAUUUCCUGGAUAAAUUAAUGGGUAGAAUGUCUGGCUAUGAUGCAAGAAUCCGGCCAAACUUCAAAGGGCCUCCAGUAAAUGUCACAUGCAACAUCUUUAUAAACAGUUUUGGAUCCAUUGCAGAAACCACUAUGGACUAUCGGGUGAACAUAUUUCUCCGUCAGAACUGGAAUGAUCCACGUCUUACUUAUAGUGAAUAUCCAGAUGACUCUUUAGAUUUAGAUCCAUCUAUGUUGGACUCUAUUUGGAAACCUGACUUGUUCUUUGCCAAUGAAAAGGGAGCAAACUUUCAUGAAGUAACAACAGACAACAAGUUGCUACGAAUUUUUAAAAAUGGAAAUGUUCUUUAUUCUAUCAGAUUGACUUUAAUACUCUCCUGUCCAAUGGAUCUCAAAAAUUUCCCAAUGGAUGUCCAAACAUGUAUAAUGCAGCUGGAAAGCUUUGGAUACACAAUGAAUGAUCUCAUUUUUGAAUGGCAAGAAAACAGUGCUGUUCAAGUAGCUGAGGGGCUCACUUUGCCACAAUUUCUGUUGAAAGAAGAUAAAGAUUUGACUUACUGCACCAAGCACUACAACACAGGCAAGUUUACAUGCAUUGAAGUUCGAUUCCACCUUGAGAGGCAGAUGGGCUAUUAUCUCAUUCAAAUGUACAUUCCCAGUCUCUUGAUUGUCAUACUGUCCUGGGUGUCAUUUUGGAUCAAUAUGGAUGCAGCUCCAGCCAGAGUGGCUUUAGGUAUAACAACUGUACUUACUAUGACAACACAGAGUUCAGGGUCACGGGCUUCACUCCCAAAGGUGUCGUACGUCAAAGCCAUUGACAUCUGGAUGGCUGUUUGUCUGCUUUUUGUAUUCUCUGCACUUCUGGAAUAUGCAGCUGUAAAUUUUGUGUCAAGGCAGCAUAAAGAAUUGUUGAGAUUUCACCGAAAGAGGAAGAAGAACAAGGAUGAUGACAUAAGGGAGAAUCGGUUCAGCUUCACAGGCUACGGAAUGGGUCCGCCAUGUAUACAAGCAAAGGAUGGAGUGGCUCCAAAGGGGCCAAAUAAUCCAGUUCAGCCUGUACCAAAAACCCCUGAAGAAAUGAGGAAGGUAUUCAUUGAUCGAGCCAAGAAAAUUGACACCAUCUCCCGAGCCUGUUUUCCAUUAGCUUUUCUGAUAUUCAACAUUUUUUAUUGGGUCAUCUACAAGAUCGUAAGGCAUGAGGACAUUCACCAAAAAAAAGAUUAAGGUUUCCAGUGCUUUACUACUUCUGGUUUUCAAUUACUGUGGUACAACUCAGUAUACAAAUACUGACUG